AUGUCAUUUACGUUUGGAACAGAUAUCGAACCAUUUCUUGUAAAAAACUUUAACAUAGAAUCCACAAUCGGUAAGUACAUAUUUGUAAAUAUUAUUUUUACGUUUUAGUUAUUAAUUUUAUGUGUUGCUAAUUUAGUGAAUAACAUAAUCAUUUUUUUCUACAAACUAGGUUUGUUAACAGUAUGCAUUGGUUUAAUAGCGCUGGCAGUAGUAUUCGAGUCUCUAAAGACUGUACACUUUAUGAUGAAAGUACACAGACGAUUGUUAUGUUGUAGUCAGCCAAAUUGCAAAGAAUAUGCUAACAAAGAUGCAUUUACAAUAACAUUUCGCAUGAAAUUAUUUGAGUGAGUUAUCUAAGCAGAUAUGACUUAGGAUUGAAAUAUUAUUAAAAAUGUGUUUUAUAAUAUUAUGUAGCUGUGUAAGGUCACUGGGAAUUUACAUGUUUCAAAUGUUGGUUGGAUAUAUAUUAAUGUGUGCAGUAAUGACAUUCAAUGGAUUCAUAUUUGUUGCCACUGUUGGCGGAUAUGGUUUGGGAUAUUGGUUAUUUGGUUUAACCAUGAUGCAAUUAUCAGCAAAAAAUUUACUAAAAUCUCAAGAUGUUCCAAUUAAAUGUAAAAACUGUACUACAAUUGACAUAAGUAAGGGUUUUAAAUAUCAUUAUAAUUUAGUGUAUUACAAAUGUUUUUUGGUUACAGAAAACGAUUCUGUGGAGGACAGUACUAGUACUGAUAUAAGUUAUGAUUUGCCUGGUCCAAGUUCUAGGAUUCAAGUAGAAAUACACCACAGAUUAUAA